GGAUUGUUUAUCAUAAAACAAUGUUCAAUAAAAUUGUAAUUCUUUUUCUUGUUCUCGGAGCAAAUAAAGUGAAUAGCCUACUGUUAGAUGAACAGCCGGACAGCAGUGUUCUUCAGCUGUUGGUGAAACUAGAAGCUGAUGUUAACAAUAAUAAAGCUCAACUUAAAGAACUACAGGAAGCAUGUACAUGUUCAGGCUCUAACAAGGAUCACAGCACAGCGUUUAUGGCAUCACUAGGUCAUCGUAUUACCGGAUGCUUAUCGGAACAUCCUGUAAUAUUUGACCAGGUCAAACUGAAUCAAGGCUCGGGCUACGAUAACAGACAUGGAACAUUUCGUGCACCAGUUAACGGAACAUAUCAGAUAAGUGCCACGUUGUCAUCUACACCGAACAACGUUGGUUUCCAUGUAGCGUUCGUGAAAAACCUAGCUAGUAACAGUGUUGGAUAUCUGUAUGCUGAUGCCAACCAACCUCACUGGCAGGAAAAAAGUACCUCGCUAGUAUUACACCUGAACGCCGGAGACGAUGUCUGGAUAUCAUGUUUAAGCGACAGUACAAUUCAUGGUGACCAGACCGGAACUUCAGCAUUUCAUUCUCAUUUUUCUGGCUUUCUUAUAUCAAAAGAUUGAAAAAAUAAACCAGUUAUUGAUAACUA